UUUUCCGAUGACAGCGGAUCAAAGGAACCAAGAUGUCUGUCCAUUUCGUGUAAAGUCACUUUUGAGGAAAAAGACAUAUUUUUCAGUGCAAAUAUAUAAUUAAUAAGUUAUGAUUUGAUGUAAUUAGUGCUGUGAGUAAUUUAAAUUUAGGAAAAAUGUCGGUCGAUCGGGAAAUACCCGCAGAGGACAGUAUUAAAGUAGUGUGCAGAUUUCGACCCUUAAAUGACUCGGAAGAAAAGGCUGGGUCGAAAUUCGUAGUCAAGUUUCCCCAAGGAGCAGAUGAAAAUUGCAUUUCGAUAGCGGGCAAAGUAUAUUUAUUCGAUAAAGUUUUUAAACCAAAUGCAACACAAGAAAAAGUAUAUAAUGAAGCAGCGAAAAGCAUCGUCACUGAUGUUCUAUCCGGAUUCAACGGCACCAUAUUCGCGUAUGGGCAGACAUCAUCUGGUAAAACACAUACGAUGGAAGGUGUCUUAGGUGAUCCCCAGAAACAGGGAAUCAUUCCAAGAAUAGUAAAUGACAUAUUUAAUCACAUCUACGCUAUGGAAGAAAAUUUAGAAUUUCACAUUAAAGUAUCAUAUUUUGAAAUUUACAUGGAUAAAAUUAGAGAUUUAUUAGAUGUCUCAAAAAUUAAUUUAAGUGUUCACGAAGACAAAAAUCGGGUACCCUUCGUCAAAGGGGCAACUGAAAGGUUUGUCUCAAGCCCCGAAGAAGUAUUCGAAGCUAUAGAAGAAGGAAAAUCUAAUAGGCACAUCGCUGUAACAAAUAUGAACGAACAUUCGUCUAGGUCUCAUUCAGUAUUUUUAAUAAAUGUUAAACAAGAAAAUUUAGAAAACCAAAAGAAACUAUCAGGGAAACUUUAUUUAGUAGAUUUGGCUGGUUCCGAAAAAGUGUCGAAAACAGGCGCCGAAGGUACUGUUUUGGACGAAGCUAAAAAUAUUAACAAGUCUCUGUCGGCUUUAGGAAACGUAAUUAGUGCAUUAGCGGAUGGUAACAAAACUCACAUUCCUUACAGAGACUCUAAACUAACCAGAAUCCUUCAGGAAUCGCUCGGAGGAAACGCCAGGACGACGAUCGUUAUUUGUUGUUCUCCUGCUAGCUUUAACGAAUCUGAAACUAAAUCGACGUUAGAAUUUGGUAAAAGAGCGAAAACUGUAAAGAACGUUGUCUGUGUCAACGAAGAAUUAACAGCAGAAGAAUGGAAACGAAGAUACGAAAGGGAAAAGGAAAAGGUAGCGCGAUUGAAGGGAAAAUUAGAAAAAUUAGAGGACGAACUCAACAGGUGGCGAAGUGGAGAAACAGUGAAAGUAGAAGAACAAGUAAACCUCAACGAAAUAUCCGACGCAGUUACCCCAGUAGCAAUGGAAGAGAGCGUCAUCGCGGAGAAACCUUCCGGUCCUCUUCCUGCCACUCCGGCUCUAAUGAUCGGCUCCACGUUAGGUUUAGAAGAAAGAACCAAAUUGGAAUUGGAAAGAGAACGAUUAUACCAACAGCUGGAUGAGAAAGAUGAAGAAAUUAAUCAACAGAGCCAGUAUGUCGAGAAACUGAAGGAGCAGAUGUUAGAACAGGACGAACUCAUCGCCAGUACGAGAAGGGACUAUGAGGCCUUGCAGGCUGAAAUGAACAGGAUACAACAAGAAAACGAAAGCGCCAAAGAAGAAGUCAAAGAAGUUUUGCAAGCGCUCGAAGAAUUGGCCGUCAACUACGACCAGAAGAGUCAAGAAGUCGAAGCUAAAAACAAAGAAAUGGAAUCUCUCUCUGAAGAACUCAUGCAAAAACAGACUAACCUUAACUCCACUACCACCGAAUUGCAACAAUUGCGUGACAUGAAUAACCACCAGAAGAAGAGAAUCACUGAGAUGCUGAGUAAUCUACUGAAGGAGUUAGGAGAGAUAGGCAGUUCGCUGGGAGGAGGGGACGGUCAAGAUAUUAAGAUAUCUAACGAUGUGGCUAAAUUAGAAGAAGAAUUUACGGUUGCACGAUUGUACAUUUCCCGUAUGAAAAGUGAAGUCACAAGCCUUACACAGCGAUUGCAAGAGAUCGAAAACAAAGAACAGGACAGCAACAAAAAAGUUACUGAAUACGAGAAGGAAUUGGCUGAGUGUCGAUUGUUGAUUUCCCAACAUGAAGCUAGGAUGAAGAGCUUGCAGGAGUCCAUGAGGGAAGCUGAGAACAAGAAGAGAUUGUUAGAAGAGAAUAUCGAUGCGCUGAGGGAGGAAUGUGCUAAAUUGAAAGCAGCAGAACAGGUGCAAAGUGCGAGUGAGAGUGAAAAGAAGGAAGCCAAUGAACUUCGUGUAGCUUUGGAACAGCAAAUGGACCAGUUGAGAGAUGUCCACCAGAAACAAGUUGCGGCAUUGAGGGAUGAGAUAGCAGAAAAGCAGAGCUUGAUAAACGAUAUCAAAGAUUCAAACCAAAAGCUCACUCUGGCCCAGCAACAACUCCAAGCAGAUUAUGAGAAGAUCAAGUCCGACGAGACCGAGAAGUCCAGCAAACUGCAGGAACUCAUCGCUACGAACGAGAGACGCGAACAGGCGAGAAAAGACCUCAAAGGACUCGAAGACACUGUCGCCAAAGAACUACAGACUCUGCACAACCUGAGAAAAUUGUUCGUGCAAGAUUUGCAGGCACGUAUGAAGAAAAAUCUUUCGUCGGAAGACAAUGAGGAAGACGGCGGCUCUCUGGCUCAAAAACAGAAGAUAUCGUUCCUCGAAAACAAUCUCGAUCAAUUGACAAAAGUCCACAAGCAGUUGGUACGAGACAACGCGGAUCUGCGCUGUGAACUUCCCAAACUCGAAAAGAGACUACGAGCUACGAUGGAAAGAGUCAAAGCACUGGAAACUGCACUGAAGGAAGCCAAAGAAGGCGCGAUGAGAGACCGGAAAAGAUACCAAUACGAGGUUGACCGCAUUAAAGAGGCUGUGAGGCAGAAGAACCUCGCAAGAAGAGGCCCAGCAGCCACAAUCGCCAAACCAAUCAGGGCAGGGCAACACAACACGGUUAACGUAGCUGGUAACCCCGUCAUUAGAACUGGAGGCAUCAACAUGGCCAACAGAUCGACCGACGACCAGAAACGUAGGUCUGUUAUUGGUGGAGAUAAAGAUUGAGUCGCCAGCCAUCUUGUCAGGUGCUUGAGACGUUUUUAGUAAGCAAAAUCCAUAAAACUGUAAUACCAAAAAUAUUGCCGAUACUUCGCGCGAGUCUGUCGCCAGCAGUUUUUGGAACAGACAAGAAAAAAAAUUGCUCCUCCAGACUCGCUCUUCAAUGUGCUUACAGCUUAGAUAUUUCUGUAGUAUAAGGUGCACUUCAUUGCAUUGAAAAUGAAACAAAUUAAUCGAGUAUUGUAACAGAUUGUUGGCAAAUUGUUUUAAUAAAUCGUUCAUUUUU